UUUUAUUGGAAGCGUUUUUUUGGUUUGAAGUUUUUUCGGGAUACCAAUAAAUAAGUCUGUCUGCAUAAUAGCAGUUCUGUGGACGUAAUAAUAACACAUCUAUAUUCUAUAUUUCUGUGCUUGUGUCUGUGUGUGUGUAUAAAUACAGUUUCCUUAUGUUAGUGUUUGUACAACUCUAAAAGUAGUCGAAGAAUUGUAUCGACUUGGUUUUUUUCUACACAACAUUUAUAGAGUCGCUAUGCAUGACGCCGAGUGGACAAAGCGGCGUAUGUAUCCUUUUAACGAAUUGCAGUCCAUUAUUGGAGGUACUCAAAAAUAAAAACAGGAACGAUGCAGACGUGAAGCUUUUGAGAGAUUCCUUAUGUGGAUAUUCCAGCAACAACGCCCCAAUGGUAUGUUGUCCAAAUAUGAAUUCCGAAGGAGAUCAAAAAUGUUUUACUCCAGAAGCACAGGAAGGCACAUGCGUUGAUAUUUACAAAUGCCCAACAAUUGUCAAGUUACUCAGUCCACCACUAUCUGCAGAGAACUUACAGUUCGUCAGAAAUUCCAGAUGCGAAAACCCAAAUGUACAGAACAGCGUCUGCUGCGGCCCCGGUCCGACCACGGUGACUGCCCCGAAUAGAGUUUGCAUACCCACAGCGGCACCGCCAGACCCUCGCACCGAAUGCUGUGGCCUAGAUAGCUCUUCUGGCAAUAAAAUUUUUGGUGGCAACGCAACUGCAAUAGAUCAAUACCCUUGGCUGACAAUCAUAGAGUACAAGGGAGUCAAAGAUGAGAAAAUCAAGCUGCUUUGCGGAGGCGCGCUCAUCAGUGGUAAAUACGUCCUGACUGCAGCACAUUGCGUACUCGGACCAGUACUGAGAAUCGCUGAACCUAAGAAUGUACGCCUCGGUGAUUACAAUAUACACAACGACGGCCAAGAUUGCGUGGAGGUGGAAGGUGGUGGGAUGGAUUGCACGGAAGGCGCUCUUGUGGUACCAAUUGAAAAAAUAACCCCGCAUCAGGGUUAUGAUCCCAACUCUCCACUUCGAAGACAUGAUAUAGCUUUACUGAGGUUGCAGACUAUGGCGCCGUAUAGCGAUUUCAUAAGGCCCAUCUGUUUGCCGACGUCUGACAUAGCGAAUUCUGAACCCAAGCCGUCACUGCAUGCCGCUGGUUGGGGUGCCGUCAGCGACAUGCAAAGCUCCAGCAGCGUUAAACUUCACGUGGACCUUCCUUUCCUUACUCAAUCGGAAUGCCAACCGUCAUACAACGUGGCCAAACGAAAAGUUGAGCUGUGGAACGGACAAAUUUGCGCUGGCGGCCAGAAAGGCAAGGACUCUUGCAAGGGAGAUUCUGGCGGGCCUUUGAUGUCAGACAAUGGUAGACUGUACGACAUCGUCGGCAUUGUGAGUUUCGGUCCAACACCUUGUGGAAUGGAAAACGUACCCGGUGUCUAUACAAAAGUCUACGAAUACUUGCCCUGGAUAAGAAGUAAAAUUAAACCUUAGUUAAUAAUUUGCUAAGAAUAAUAUAAUGUUUUGUAUAAGAUUUAUAAUAAUUUU